AUGAAGAAAAAGGCGAAAAUCACAACAACAGCAAAGACAAGGGCGAUUGUAACCGACGCGAUAAAAACGGUCCCAUCUCCAACUGCUGCUGUAUUGCCCACACUACCAGCAUUACAACGUCAAGUACAGCGUGCACGUCGCAAGUCAGUUCCACAACUUCAAACACCGGCCAGUCGUGAGGACCUCAUACUAGACGACUAUUUCACCACAACAAUGAAAGGAGAACAAUUCCUUCUCCACGACAGCACAGGCAAAGAUCGCUUCCUAAUCUUCACAACACGCAAAAAUUUAGAAUAUCUAUCAACAAGUCAAAUGUGGUUUGCCGAUGGCACAUUUCGCAGUGUACCAGGGAUCUUUAGCCCACUGUACACACUACACGGUCAACGAACCGGCAAAAUAUUACCGCUUGUUUACAUUCUGGCCCCCAAUAAACGACAAUCCACAUAUAAAGCUAUUCUCAAAGUGUUAAAGGAAGCGGAACCACGAUUGAAUCUAGAAAUUCUGAUGAUUGAUCACGAAGAGGCCUUCAUGAAGGCAUUUAUAAAGUGCUUCCCAGAAACAACAAUUAAAGGCUGCCAUUUUCACUUCGCUCAGCGAAUGAAUUUCCAUGUAAGAGAUGUUGGAAAACGAGUACAGUAUGGCACUGACGUCGAGUUUGCGAUGGCGGUGAAGAUGAUUGUUGCACUAGCGUUCGUCAAAUUGAAAGAUGUUUUGAUGGCCUAUAAAAAGCUUAAAAAGUCUGAUUAUUUCAAAGAACAUAAGGAUGACCUCCAACCCGUUCUUGAUUACUUCGAGCCAACAUGGAUUGGGAAGAAGGGCGCACGUAAAUUUGGACCACCAAAAUUCGCCCACGAAAUAUGGAACCAUUAUGAGAGCGUCCUCAAUGAUAAUCCACGAACCAACAAUUCUGUCGAGGGCUGGCAUCAUAUUUUCAACGAAACAAUUUCACGGGCCCACACAAGCAUCGGAGAGUUCAUCAACUGCUUGAAAGCUGAGCAAAGCAGAACUGAAGUUCUCAUUGUACAAGAAGAAGCAGGUCAAACCAUCCAGAGCAAGAAACGAAAACGUUAUGCGCAAUACGACGAGCGCCUAAUAAAUAUUGUGAAAACUUAUGACGAUAUUGAAAUUGUGGAGUACCUUCGCCGUAUCGCCUAUAACAUUGUCUUAUAA